AAAUUUAAUAAUGGUUGAGCAGAGAUGGGUUGUUGACUAUUGAAAAUCCCGGAAACCCAAGUCUGAAGUUCUGGUUUCAUCCACGUGUAGAUGAAGAUGUAUAAUUGUACCAUAGCUGUGUUGUUGCACUAGGAAACAGUAACUGUUCAAUGGAGAAGGAAGUAGAGCUUUCUUCAGCUGAAGCUAGAAUGGCUUCCCACCGCAUUUCUCAACCCCAGAGGUGUAAGGGCGGCAUCGUUACCAUGCCUUUCAUCAUAGCAAAUGAAGCACUUGCAAAGGUUGCAACAUUUGGCCUUAUGCCCAAUAUGAUACUGUAUUUGAUGGGAAGCUAUAAUAUUCAUUUAGCACCAGCUACCCAGAUUCUACUCUUAUCUGUUGCAACCACCAAUUUAAUGCCUCUCCCUGGUGCUUUCAUUGCUGAUUCUUAUCUGGGUCGCUUCCUUGCUGUUGGUUUGGGUUCCCUCCUCACUUUCCUGGGAAUGGCACUCUUGUGGCUAACAGCGAUGAUCCCGGAAGCACGGCCUCCUCCUUGCAAUUCUGCAACUGAAAGAUGUAAAUCAGCUACAACUGGGCAAAUGGCAAUGUUAAUAACUUCCCUUGCUCUCAUGGCUGUUGGAAAUGGAGGCCUUUCAUGCUCCCUGGCUUUUGGUGCAGAUCAGGUGAAUAGCAAAGAUAGCCCUGAUAAUCAGAGGGCUUUGGAAACAUUCUUCAGCUGGUACUAUGCUUCAGCAGCGAUUUCCGUCAUAAUUGCCUUCACGGGAAUAGUAUAUAUCCAAGAUCAUCUUGGAUGGAAACUGGGUUUUGGAGUUCCAGCAGCACUUAUGUUCUUGUCCACUUUGUUCUUCUUUCUUGCUUCUCCGCUUUAUGUAAAGAAUAAAACAAACAGCAGCUUGCUCACUGGCUUUGCACGAGUGAUUGUUGUAGCCUAUAAGAACAGGAAACUUCAAUUACCGCAUAAGAACUCAGCUGGAAUGUAUCAUCAUAACAAGGACUCUAAUCGUCUUGUUCCUAGUGAUAAACUAAGGUUCUUGAAUAAAGCUUGCUUCAUUAAAGACCCAGAAAAAGAUAUAGCCUCUGAUGGGUCAGCCUCAAAUCCAUGGAGUCUAUGCACAGUUGAUCAAGUAGAAGAACUGAAAGCUAUUAUUAAAGUUAUUCCCUUGUGGUCUUCAGGGAUCCUGAUGUAUCUUAACAUUGGAGGCUCUUUUGGAUUGCUACAAGCCAAAUCCCUCAACAGACACAUCACUCCAAAUUUCGAAGUUCCAGCAGGUUCUUUUAUCGUAGUCAUGAUAUUUACAAUAUGUAUAUGGAUAGCUCUUUAUGACCGUGUCAUUAUUCCUCUAGCAUCAAAGCUCAGAGGCAAACCAGUUAGGAUCAGUGCCAAGAGAAGAAUGGGAAUUGGGUUGUUUUUCUCUUUUCUCCACUUGGUAACUGCAGCAAUUGUUGAGACUAAAAGGAGAAAAAGAGCAAUUAGGGAAGGAUACAUUAAUAAUCCUCAUGCAGUGUUGAAUAUGUCUGCAAUGUGGCUUUUUCCUCAACUUUGCUUGGGUGGCAUAGCUGAAGCAUUCAAUGCAGUUGGCCAAAAUGAGUUCUAUUACACUGAGUUUCCUAAGACAAUGUCAAGCAUUGCUUCAUCCCUUUUUGGACUGGGAAUGGCUGCAGGAUACAUUAUAUCUACUCUGGUAUUCAUUACUGUGGAUCAUGUUACUUCAAGAGGGGGAAAGGAUGGAUGGGUUUCAGAUAACAUUAACAAGGGUCAUUUUGACAAGUACUAUUGGGUUCUUGCCACAAUUAGUGCUCUUAAUAUACUGUAUUAUCUAGUAUGCAGUUGGGCUUAUGGACCUACUGCUGAUGAAGAAUCGAAGAUAGCUGAAGAAAAUGGUUCGAAUGAGGAAGAAUUACCAUUAAUGGAAUUCCGGAUCUAGGGUCCAUGUGAUAAAUAAGGUAUCCUAGGUUGGUGAAGAAAUUUUAAGAACUUCAUCACAUAAACUGAACUGUAACUGAUAGAGAUAAGAUUUAGUGUUUUCAAUAAAAUAAAAUGAACAAAAAGAUUUAUAUUUAGGAGCCUUGCCCUUCAUUCCUUUGUGGCUCAUCCUUGAAUACUGUUUUUGGUGAUAGCUUCAUGGUUUUUUUAUUCUCCUUUAUUAUUUAUUGGGCAAAAGAAACCUGCAGCUGAUUUUUGUAUGAGGAACAUUUCACAUGGCUUGAUAAAAUUCUUAAAACUAUACAAUGUAAGGAUUGCCAGACCUGUCUUUCACACGUGUGAUGAGUUACUAAUGAUAAAGGAAAUUUUAGCUG